AUGUCGUCUCAGCUGGAUAAGGCUCUAUUACAUCUUUCUCUUGAAGAAGAAGAUGAUGAACCUUUCGUCCUGCCAGAUACACCGGAGUACUGCUCAGCUGGAAGAAACGCUCUGAGUUUGGUUGGUCGUCUUCUGAAUCCAUCCUGUCAGAAGAUGUCAGACCUGAUUCUAGAUAUGCCAAGGAAAUGGCAACUUUAUGAUAGAGUAAGAGGGGUGGCUUUAUCAAGAGAAAGAUUUCAGUUCAUCUUCAAACAUGAACACGACCUCUUGGAUAUCCUCGACAGGGGAGUUCACACAUUCCAGCUCUGGCCUAUCGUGAUGGAAAGAUGGGUCGAAAAACCUCCUGAGGAUUAUCUGCAGCACAUCAUGGUUUGGGUGCAGAUGAGAAACAUACCUGUUAACCACUACACAAAGAAAGCUCUCUGGGCUUUGGGAGACUUUGCAGGUCAGGUGGUUGAAGUAGCUUUUGAUCCAGACAAACCUCAGACCAGAGACUACAUAAGAGUGCUUGUUAAGUUCAAUGUAGCAAAGCCACUGAGGAGGUUUAAAAAGAUCACUACACCUGGAGGAGAAGAAGUCUACAUUAGAUACGAUUAUGAAAGGCUCCAGAAAAGAUGCUACACUUGCCAGCGUCUUACACAUGAGCGAGAUCACUGUCCCUUCUAUCUCAAGAACCAGAAGGAGUUAGUGAACUUGGGAGCUUCGUCUGCUGAGAGCAAAAGAACUGAAGCAACAGAACGUCUUGAUGAAUAUGAUCCUCUUUAUGGUAUCAUUCCUGAGAAGCUGCUUGGGCUGGAUCAGGCGUCUGGAAAGCCAAAGAUUGCAGAGGAAGUGAUGGAUGGUAUGAGAAAGUACUUGAUGGUGGCUGAUGGUCCAGAAAAACUAGCUAGAGCGGAAAGAGUGAAGAAAUCGCUUCUAGACUUAGAGAGUGAUCCAAUUGGUAGGAAGACGGCGCUCAUGCUUGAACCGGUACCAUCGACUACAAAGGAUUUAGAUAAAGGGAAGGGAGUCGUCUUUGAUUUCAGUAGCCAGAACAAAACCCCAUCUCACCCAGAGAAGUUGAUGGCCUCUGCAAUAUCAGCUGGAAUGAGGGUCCUUCAAUCAGGCAAAGUGGUAUCAGAGAUGACAUUGCCUGAUGAUCUCACUAGCUCCAUUCACCCUUCCUUUAUUCAGGAAAGUUCAACGGGCUUUAAUACCGGUUUCUGUGAAACCAGUAUGUCCGGGACUAACUUGAAGAAAGGAAGAGCUAGGAGAAGACCGGGAACUUUCAAAAGGAAAAACAAUGGCAAGGCAGUCUUGAAAGCGGAUAAAGACAUAGGCAAGAAGAUUGGGGAAGGAGUGGUCACAGAUGCGAAAAGGAAGGCAAAUGAAGAUGUCGAGCCAUCUCAAAGCUCUGCAAGGUUUAAGAAACCAUUGGUGGUCCCAAGUGAGGGACCGUCCAGUAUCUAA